UUCGACUGAGUUGAAAUCUGGUAACUGAGAUGGUUUAUAUCAUUUUCAUGCUCAUCAAACCAUUCAGUGACCACUAAUGCACUGUGAUUGGGGGAAUUGUCAUCCUAUGAGAGCAUAGCCAUGGUAGACAAAAUAAUUACAUUCCCAGCAUUUUAUACAUUACACUAAGCAUGAUAGGUUGUUAAUUGCUUAAUUAAUUCAGGAACCACACCUGUGUGGAAGCACCUGCUUUCAAUAUACUUUGUAUCCCUCGUUUACUCAAAUGUUUCCACUAUUCUGGCAGUUACCUGUAUAACCAACUGUCGUGAAAGUGCGCCCACUUAGUUAGGCGUGUCGCCUGAAUGGCCUUAUAGCCUACCUGUGGACAGGGGGUGUUCGGUACGAACAACUUGCCUCUUUCCUCUUCUUUUUCCGCCACCUUCUUGUACAGGCGGACUGUUUGUCUCUACUCCGUAUUUUUUUUUUUUUUUUGAUAACAGCUCGGGGAACUGGCAGAUAGUCCUACCGCGAGCAAGAUAUGGGGAACACGGUAACGAGGGAUGACUUCGAGUGGGUCUAUACGGAGCAACCGCACUGUAGUCGGAGGAAGCAGAUACUAGCCAAGCACCCGGAGAUCAAGUCCUUGAUGGGCCCUGACCCCCAGCUCAAGUGGGUGGUGACAGCCAUGGUCCUGACCCAGGUGCUCUGCUGCUUCCUGGUUCGUGACCUCAGCUGGAAGUGGCUCAUCUUCUGGGCCUACAUGUUCGGCGGCUGCAUCAACCAUUCCCUCACGCUCGCCAUCCACGACAUCUCGCACAAUGUGGCCUUCGGCAAUAAGGACGCUAUGCUCAACCGCCUCUUUGGCAUCUUCGCCAACCUACCAAUUGGCGUGCCCUACUCCAUCAGCUUCAAGAAGUACCACGUGGACCACCACCGCUACCUGGGCGGCCACGGGCUUGACGUGGAUGUCCCGACCCGCCUGGAGGCUCGUCUCUUCAGCUCCCCCGCCCGCAAGAUCCUGUGGCUCUUCCUGCAGCCGCUAUUCUACGCGCUGCGCCCCCUGGUGGUCAACCCCAAGCCCGUAGGCAGGCUUGAGCUGUUGAAUUUAAUGGUGCAGCUAGCCUUCGAUGCUUUCAUAGUGUACCUCUGGGGGCUUAGGCCUCUGGUCUACUUGAUAGCGGGCUCGCUGUUGUGUAUGGGACUGCACCCGAUCUCGGGGCACUUUAUCGCCGAACACUACAUGUACCUGAGCGGGAUCGAGACGUACUCCUACUACGGGCCGCUCAACUAUAUCACCUUUAACGUGGGCUACCACAUGGAGCACCACGACUUUCCCAGCAUCCCCGGCAGCCGCCUCCCUCAGGUGAAGAAGAUGGCUCCAGAGUUCUAUGAUGAUUUACCCCAGCAUGACUCAUGGAUACGGGUGCUCUGGGACUUUGUGUUUUGUGAUUCGCUGGGACCUUACUCCAGAAUUAAACGCACCUUUCCAUUGGCUAAGCAAGACUAAGAGCCCAUGCUCUUGAUCUUCUGACCAAUGAUCUUCCACAAGCGCGGCUUGACAACCCAGCUGGGGGGGGAGG